UAAUUGAGCAUAACAAAAUAAAAUAAAAGGCAUUUGUUAUUUAAGGGAAUAUUUCUGUCUCACUGAUGCACCAAAACACACAACGAAAGUUAAUCACUUGUUCUUCCCUUAGUUUUGAGAAACAGCUUGGGAACUAUGGUGGAUGCAGUAGUCUCAUUUGUGUUGGAGAAGCUUGGGGACUAUCUCAUCAGAGAAGCAAUCUUCUUAGGAGGGGUGAGAAGUGAAGCAGAGUCGCUGAAAAAAGAUCUUGAAUGGCUGCUUUGUUUCAUAAAGGAUGCUGAAGAGAAACAAGUUGAUCAUCCUUUGAUACGUCAGUGGGUAUCCGACAUCCGAGAUAUUGCUUACGAUUGUGAGGAUGUCUUAGAUGAAUUUAUGGUCAAAGUCACUGGUGGAGAGUCAUCAAAUGUGCUCAAGGUCGAAGAAGCAGAGACAUCGACAAGAAAGCAAGGGCUUUUUACUUCAAUCAAGAAGUGUUCUUGCCUUGUCCCUAGAACAUCCAGUCACAACGCCUCCAAAACAUCCAGUCGCAACGAAGCCAACUUAUGCAGCAAAGCCAAGGAAAAGGUCAGCCUACAUAGCAUAGGCAAGGAGAUUGAAGGUCUUAAAAAGAGCCUUAAAGAAGUCUCUGAUAGAUGUGGAAUGUAUGGCCUCAGAGACAUUAAUAACAAGUGGGAAGGACAGAGCAAAGUUGUUCGCGAAUUCAAGGAAACAAGAAGAACCAACUCUUUUGCAUUCGAAGAGAAUGUCAUUGGCUACGAGGACGAUAGAAGAACAUUGUUGAGUAUACUACUUGACAAUGAGCCACGACGUUUUGCAAUCUCUAUUUGGGGCACGGGUGGUUUGGGUAAAACAACACUUGCCAAAAAAUUGUACCACAAUUAUUUGGUAAGGAAUAAAUUUCAACAGUUUGCUUGGGUCUGUGUAUCUCAAGAUUACAACAUUGAGGAACUUAUUCGAAGAAUCAUAAAUUCUUUUCAUUUCAUGCCGCCGACGGAGAAAUUAGAGGAGAUGAAGGAAGAAGCGUUGAAGAGAUAUCUUUACACAUCUUUAAAAGAAAGCUCAUACUUGGUGGUGAUUGAUGAUGUUUGGGGAAAAAAAACUUGGGGGAGACUCCUAGAAGCCUUUCCAAAUAACAACCAUUGCAGUAGAGUAAUUAUGACCACUCGCAAAGAAGACGUAGCUGAUUGUGCAGAUCAUGUCCAUAAACUUCGAUUUCUAACUAAAGAAGAAAGUUGGCGGUUAUUCUGUUCAAAAACCUUCGGAAAGGCAAAUGAAACCAAAGAAAUGGUGAAGUUUGGAAAGGAAAUGUUGAAAAAAUGUGGUGGUCUGCCACUUGCCAUUGUUUUAUUGGGUGGGUUAUUGUCUAAAAAGAGUGCACAAGAAUGGCGUUUGGUACGUGAUUGCAUUUGGCUACACCUAAACCGUGAUUCGGACAAUCAUAUAUAUUAUUUAUUGUCUUUGAGCUUCAAUGAUUUACCUUACAAAUUGAAGCCAUGCUUUCUCUAUUUAGGCCUGUUUCCAGAAGAUUAUGAAAUCGAGACAAGAAGACUAAUACGACUGUGGGUGGCUGAGGGUUUUAUACCUCAAAAUGAAGGAAUAAUGGAAGAUAAGGCUCAUUAUUACUUGAAUGAGUUGAUUAAAAGGAGCUUGAUUCAAAAAGAUAAAAUGCAUAGAGAGAGGACUUUGACAUGUCGUGUCCAUGAUCUUUUGCGGAAUCUGGCAAUUGAAAAGGCAGAAGAGCUCAACCUCUUUCACAUUUACGGGGUAAAUAAAGGUUCAACUUACUAUUCUAGGACACGACGACUAGCCGUUUAUUCUGGAAUUGAAAGUAACUUGCAGCUUCAACAAUCUAGAGUCUUGUGUUCCCUGCUGUUCGUCGAUGUCUGUUACACAGAAGCAAUGGAAGAGUUACCAACCGUGUGCUCAAGCUUCAGGUUACUAACAGUGCUCGAUAUUCAGAAUUUGAGUAUACAAACAAUGCCGCAAGAAAUGGGUAAGUUGAUUCACUUGAAGUAUUUGCGAUUUUCACAAUCUCCACUUAAUUCAGAUGUUGCACCAUUCAUUCUCAAUUUGGUGAACCUACAAACUCUGAUCAUACACCACAUUGAGUUGCACCCUGUGCUCCCCACUGAAAUUUGCAAAUUGAAAGAGUUGAGACAUCUAAUUGGACGUUUUGAAGGGUAUUUCCGGAUAGGUGAUUUGAAAAACCUUCAAACCAUGAAGCAAAUACCACUGGAGACUUGGAUUAAAACUAAUCCAGAGAAGCUGGUGAAUCUUCGAGAGCUGGAAAUUGUAGGUUAUGAUGUAAAAGAAAAGUUCUGUUUUGAUUCUAUUGCCAAACUGAGAAGUCUUCAAUUUUUAAAAGUCUACCUAGGAAGAUCUGGAAUUUCUUCAUUGCCACCGCUCUCUCAUUGCCAAAAUCUGGUAGAGUUGACAUUAAGUGGGAAGAUAGGGAAACUACCAGAAGAAAUGCCUGAAUUUUUCCCAAAUCUCGAAUACCUAAAGUUGGAUUUCAGCGAAUUUGUAGAUGAUCCCAUGCCUACAUUAGAGGAGCUGCCAAACCUGAAAGUACUUUAUUUAGGCAGUGAUUCUUAUAAUGGAACGAAACUUGUCUGCAGCAAAGAUGGUUUUCAUCAGCUUGAAAUUCUACUUCUUUUUGAGAGACGUUUACAGGAGUUGCAAAUAGAGGAAGGAGGUAUGCCUAAGCUUAGAAGUUUCGUCAGCUCAAGUAAAGCAUGGAAUUUCAGAAUUCCAGAAAGACUGAAGAACCUCCCUCGCCCUGAAAAGUGGGAAUGCGAAAGUUAUAUCGUCGAGGAGUACUAGUGGUGUAUAGUGGGCUUGUGUUGAAUUUUCUUUUGAUUCGGUUUGUUUUCUGGCCGACAGUUCAGUUUGAUAUAUCACCAUGUAAUUUGUAUUCCAACUUUUAUACUAUUUAAUUUACUGUUUCAUUUUUAAUUUCAA